AUGGGUGUUGAGGUUGUAAACUCCGGUGGAUUUGAGGUUGCUCCGGCUCCUUUCGAAGGCAAACCCGAGACUAACGGGAAGGUGGAAGGAAACAAAGUCUCCAUCAAGUUUGGUUCACACGGUGAGCAGCCGCCAAAGAAAGCUGCUGAAGAGAGUAGUAACAAGAUCCCUUCUGAUGUACCAAAAGAUGCAGCAGAAGAGUGGCCUGCUGCUAAGCAGAUCCACUCUUUCUACUUUGUUAAGUACCGUCAUUUGGAGGAUCCCAAGAUCAAAGCUAAGCUUGAGGUAGCUGAUAAGGAGCUUGCGAAGUUGAACAAGGCUCGGCGUGCAGUUGUUGAAGAGUUGAUAGCUAAGAAGGCGGAGAAAACCAAGCUAUUUGAAAUGUUGGACCCGUUGAAGUCAGAGCGUCAAGGGUUCAACAACAAGUUUGAUGAGAAAAAGAAAGAGAUGGAACCAUUGCAGCAAGCACUUGGGAAGCUAAAGGGUGGUGGUGGGAGUUCCCGUGGGCCUGUUAUCUGUUCGUCUCAGGAAGAGCUGAACAGUAUGAUAUACAGCUAUCAGUAUCGGAUUCAACAUGAAAGCAUUCCGUUGACCGAGGAGAAGCAGCUUCUUAAAGAGAUCAGGCUGCUUGAAGGGACAAGAGAUAAGGUCAUUGCUAAUGAGGCUAUGAGAGCCAAGAUCAAAGAAGCUAUGGGUCAUAAAGAUGAUAUUCAAGAUCAAGUUAAGUCAAUGGGUGCUGGUUUGGAUGGAGUGAAGAAAGAGAGACAAGCAAUUUCAGCAAGGAUUAAUGAGCUGGGUGAGAAGGUGAAAGCAACUAAAGAUGAGAUUCAGGUCCUUGAGAAUGAGCUCAACACUGUUACAGAAAAGAGGGAUAAAGUUUAUUCAAACAUUUGUGAGCUUAGGAAGCAAAGAGAUGAGACGAACUCAGGUCUUUACCAAGGCCGUACUGUGUUGAAAAAAGCCAGAGAGUUGGCUGCACAAAAGAAGAUAGAUGAGCUUGAGGCGCUCUCCAAUGCAGAGGUUGAGAAGUUUGUCUCUCUCUGGUGCAGUAAGAAGAAUUUCAGGGAAGAUUAUGAGAAGAGAAUCUUGGGGUCACUUGAUGCUAGGCAGAUGAGCCGAGAUGGACGGAUGAGGAACCCUGAAGAGAAGCCUCUUGUUGCUCCAGAGCCACCAGCAGCCAAGGCAGCGCCUUCUGCAACAGAGGUUGCCCCUAAAGCUAAGGCAAAGCAGCAGCCAAAGGAGGAACCAGUUUCUGCACCUAAACCAGACGCUGCUGAUCAGAAGACUGAGAAGGCUGAGAAAGCUAAAGAUGCAGUGAAGGUAAAGAACGUUGUUGUUGAUGAUGAAGAGGAAGAAGAAGAAGUAUAUGGUCUUGGAAAGCCGCAGAAAGAGGAGGAGAAGGUAGAUGAAGCUACGAUGAAAGAGAUGAGAAAGCAAGAGGAGAUUGCCAAAGCCAAGCUAGCCAUGGAAAGGAAAAAGAAGCAGGCAGAGAAAGCUGCUGCUAAAGCUGCCAUAAGAGCUCAAAAGGAAGCUGAGAAGAAAGAACAAAAGGAGCGAGAGAAGGCGGCCAAGAAGAAGACAGGAGGCAGCAACCCAUACGAGGCCAUCUCUGAGGAUGUUCCAGAAGCUUCUGAGGCUGAAAAGGAGGAGACUGAAGCUGAAGCUCCGGUUGUGGAGAAACCACAGAAGGAAAAAGUCUUGAAGGCGAAACCAGUAAGGAACAGAAUCCGCAGUAGAGGAGGACCAGAAACACUCCCGAGGCCAAUCCUCAAGCGUAAGAAGCAGACUAAUUACUGGGUUUGGGCUGCUCCAGCUGCUCUUGUGGUACUGAUCCUUCUUGUCUUGGGUUACUACUACGUUCUCUAG